AUGGACGAGACGGACGACGGCGACUGUGGCAGCAACUGGCGCCGUGGGGCGGAUGCUGUGAAGGUAGCCGUGACUGAGUGGCCAGCCCCGCAGACACUUUUCGUUCGAUCAGCCGGCUGCUUGAGAACCGCAUGGCCGGCACUUUGGGCACGCUAUUGUCCGUCUUGUUCCGGUCAUUCUCACUGGAAUUUACCAAGCAUUCAUAGCGUGGCGGCCGUUGAGGCAUACGGCAUGCGUCAACCCGGCGACAGGGCCAUGUUGGAUGCACUAGUUCCGGCCGUCCGUGGUAUGGAGGACGUCUUGUGCAAGUCUAAAAACGCGGUAAGCCCCUUCGAGUAA